GAUUAUCCAUUUCGCAUGUUUCGUGAUGAGGGACGCACUUUUUUGCAGUGGUUGGGCGAAGCAGACCUGCGCCAUAAAAUGCAAGGUCGUCUUAUUGUUGUUCAUUUGGUGUGUCGUGAUAUGACACUGUCACUAAAUGCCACUGCCACAAAUGAUCAACUGAUGCCUCCCAAAAAUGUUUUCUCACCUUGUGUGGCUUUUCGUGUUAAUGGCAGUCCAGUUAAAUAUGCCAAUAAUGUUUCCGAAGUUCUCUUUCAAGCUGAGGCUACCGCAACUCUGGCCUCCACAUCGGAUGGUAUGAGCACCAAAGAAUACAUUGUGAUUGGGGUGUGCAGUCUCCUGCUCGGACUCAUCUAUGUGUCUUCCGUAUUCCUGUAUUUACACAUGAAAAAACGUAAAAGUCGUGAUCAAGGUCACAGUCGCAACUCGCUGGAUGAUUUGAACAAUGAAAUAAAUUAUCCCAAAAACGAUCAAGUGACCUUUGGGGCACCCUUUACACGUAGCGGCAGUUUAUAUUCGGCCGGCAGUUUAACCACUUCCAAUGAGCCCAGAUCUCGUGCCUCGUUAAGCAGUUUGAAGGAGGAAAUGGGCAUAGUUAAGAAUAAUCCACUAUUGCAACAUUUUCCGCAGCUUAAUGAUCAUCAUUCGGGCUUUACCAGCGAUAUAUCGAAUUCGAACUCGGAGUGUGAAAUGGAUGGUGGUGGCAACUAUCAUGACAAAGUGAAACAGAUGCAAACAAAUGCAUUGGUUCAUCCACAAAUGGGUAUGAUGAUGAAUAAUGGUUCACCCAAGGGCUCCCACCAUUCUUCCAAUAAUGGUAAUCAGAGCCAGGGCAGCAAAGAAGAUGAUGGCUUAGACUCCAGUUCCAAUAGUCAAGAGAAUGAAUGUUUGCCGGUAGAGAAUGUUGCUAUAAUAGAAGAAAUGAUGACCGAGGAGAAACUGGAGAGUUUAAGGGCCAUGGUUAAUGGCAAUAUACGUAAGAAGUUGUACUUUAAUCCUGCCUACUUUGAACCUCACCUUUUGGCGCAACCUCCACCAGCAGCCUUGGAAUUUUUACAAAAGAUACGUGAAGUUAUAGCGAUAGCAAAAUAUAAAAUGGCCACCAAAAGAUAUCAGCCAUCCCUGACUCUUAUACCCGAAGAGGGUAAUGCACGCAGUAAUACACCCUCAGUAUAUGGAUCACAAUUACAUACUCCCUCCGAGUGCCAGGGUUGUGUAACAAAUCGAUGCAGUGGCCAUGUUAAGAAUUGUGGUGAUAAACGCAAUAGCAUAGAGAAAUGGCUGGAAACUGUGCAGUCAACGGAUGAUAAUAGAGGUACAGAGCAGGGAUCUAGAGAAAAUGCGGCAAAUGACAAAGAACGACAAUCUCCCAGUAGUAGUGGUUCUAGCAAAAGUCCGGAAAUACACAAAACUCCUAACACUAAUAUGCCAGGAGCUGGACCAAACAAACGAAUAACACCGCCUAAACAAAAACCUCCACCACCUCCCACACAUAAGCCCUCAAUGAUGGGCAAUAGCCUCAGAAAUCAUAUAAAUAACCAUUUAGAAGAAGAAUCUCCUUAUAAUGCUCUAUCAGAUUCCAGAAGUUCUUCUUCCAUUUAUCAAAAAACCAGAAACUCUCUAAAUAUACCGAUUAUGCAACAUAAGCUAGACGCUUAUUCGGCUUUAACAGCCUCAGCUCAUAUGUAUGGUUUUGCCGAGACGGGCGGUGAGAUCUAUAAUAACCCAAAAUUUAUGCUACACGACUCACCAGCAGCUUCCCAGAGAAGUCGAAGCUCCUCCCAGCGUUCGAAGAACUCACGCAAACGACUCGAUGCUCUCGAUCACUAUGCGGCAGCAUCAACACCCACGUCCUUGUCUUCCACCGAGAGACAACACUACAAUAUGCUGCGCAGCAUGGAACAAAUGAACGAACAUUUGGAUAGCAGCACUUUGGAAAGAAUUCAUCAAGAGUACUCGUCUACACUUAGAUCGAAUGGUAGUUUUAAUUUGGACAUACCCACUCCAGACUAUGAUUCCACCAUGGAGAAAAAGAUUAAGGAUAUUUAUAAUAACACUCAAAGUAGUGGUCCCUCGGUACCCACACCCGACUACAGUUCUCUAAGUCGCAAGUCUUUGAAACAGUAUCAACCCGACUCUCCCAUAUAUCGGAGAAAAUCUCCUCAGUACCUAAUAGUAGAUUAUGAGACGGAUAGUUUGGAACGUUUAGAAGCCACUAAACGUAAAAGUUCACAAUCCUCUUCCUCGCCUUCUUCGGAUGUCAGCUCUCAACUAAGUCCCAGUUUAAGUACUGCUCUCCCUUUAGAGGAAGAAUUGGAAAUAAGUCAUACUGUUUACCAAGGUGAUGGUUUUAAUACCAAAUCUUUAGGAUCUCAAAAGAAAAAUCUCAUACGUACUUUGGAUUCGGCAGCCUUAAAAAAAGAUAUGGCUGCCCGUAUUAAGUAUGAUACUCCCUUUCGUGGUAGCAUGACCAUAGAAGUAGAACACGAGCCCCCUUCCGAUCUAGAGCGCUCAACCGAUAGUGAUCAGUAUGAGCCGGAUACCUUGGAUCGCAAACCCAAAAAGCAAAGCUUUUGUGAUGUCAAUGCCUGGUCAAAUAUGGAAUUGAAAAGAACGGCAGACAAUCUAAGUACCCCGCCCCAAUCCUUGCCAGAUAUGUCCAAAAAGCCAGCAAAUGUGGAAUCUCAAAAUUCGUUUAGAUUAAAGCCCAAUGAUAAUCCCAGCAGCACAGCCUGCAGACGGCAGAUUAGUAGAGAUUCUGCCUACGAGAGUCAGGUGGAGUUGAGAAGACCUUGUGGCAACGAGGACUUAGAAGAAGAUACAAAUACGAAGGUCAGUAAUUUAAGAGAUAUAUACCAGUCUUUGUUGGUAAGACAAAAUAGUGACUGUAGCUGUAAAUGUGGUGGACAGGCCACAAGUAUGUUUUUGCAGGAACAAAUAGAAGAUCUCAGUGAUAAGGGACGCAUUUUGACGCUAGAAGCUAAACACUCGCGCAGACAACGACCCAGUCAACCGCCUUCGCCGCCAGCUAUGGUGGAAAUAUCCAAUGAGUCUUCCAACAAAUGCACCAUCAAAAUCACAACUCCGAAAGCAAGCAGAGUCAAUGUACAGACAGAUAAAAGACCCACCGAGUAUGUGGAGCCACGGGUUCAUCAGAAACCCUUAAAAGAGGACAACAAUACUCCCGCCAACUACUUGCAGUCACCCAGGCAAGUGCGCAGUCUAAGUACAACACCUCCUUCAAGAAUAAAACGCAGUUUAUCGCAAUCACCACAAACACCGCCGCCACCACCACCACCUACUUCGGCAUCCACUACCCUGAAUAGUCGAACCAGUCGGGCUUCUUCCAAUACACAACAUCAAUACAGAGCACAUUCUCAUACGGAAGAAGAGACCAUGAGUAAUCAUAGUGAGUCCACCGAAGUCACGGGGAUUUCCGGCACAAUGACUAACUCUGAGUUUGGUGGAACUAUGGAUAAAAAACCACCACAAUCCAAAUUCAAUAAAUCGGAUAAAUCACUUGAGAAACCUAAAAAUGACAAUGUGAAUUCCGCAAAAGAUUCUAUAAAAUCGGAGAAGACUGAAGCUCAGCAAGCGGCUAAAAAGUUAAAGGAUGAAGAGUUUGGUGCCAUAUUUAAUACUCAUAUCAAUGGUUUGAGAAAUGACUACAGUUUGAAUAAAUAUUUAAACAGAAGAAAGUCCCAAGAUCGCAGUGAGGAUCAGCCAGCCGAGGGACUUAAUGCAACAGCACAUCAAUUGGAUUUGCAAAUAGAAAACAAUAAUAAUUUAAAGCAUACCGCCGAUAUAGAUCCCAAUAAAGUAGAUGUGGUAUCUUUAAGUUCUAGAUCGAAUAGAUCUAGUAGCCGUUUAUCGGAUCGCACUAAAGAAAUGUAUCGCAAUGCGGGAGUACCGGUGGGUAUAGCGUAUCCUCAACGUAACAAUGCCAAUAAUAAUAAUAAUAACAACAACAGCAGUAACAAUGCCAACAACAAUAACAAUAGUAAUCCUGCCACUCCGAAUCCACCAGCCAAUAAUGUACAAACUGUUUAUAGAUGCGAAAUAGAACCUGUACAACUGACGCAUGGCAUGCAAAUAGCAAUGGGUUUAAAAGAUCGCCCCAAAAAAGCUAAAGACAUUAAAAAUGCCUGGAAGAAAUUUGUUAGUAUGGCUGCUUCGAAAUUUAGUCCCACCCAAAGUCCUGCACCACCAUUUGACAAAAAAGCUGGUUCCAUUUUAGAAGUCCUGGAAAGAGAUGAGGGUAUUUCAUCCCUAAUCGAAGAUCAUCCUCAGGUGUCAACACCGAAAAGCUCCUACUCAGCACCCGCCUCACAAAACUACUAUGAACAAAGAUUCGGUCCGCGUACCCAAGAAAUGGACAGUGGCUAUAUGAGUGCUGAUUCGGGUGAAGCCCAUAAGAGAACCUACUACGAUCGUUAUAAUUUCAAAAUGAUGUCAGAACGUGAUCACAUCAUACGAGUUAGUACAAUUGAGGAUAAUUCCGAUGGUGAUAGCACUCUAACGGAUAGACAUCAGGGUCAGGAAGCCUCUGCCAGACGUGGUUCUAUUUUAGACACCAAUCGUUUCGAAGAUUUUGAACAUAUCAAUGAACAGCAGCAGAUCCAACCAUGUCCCAUAGUAGCAACUAGUGCAGAGGUGGUUAUUGAUGAUGUGAGUGAUAAUGAUUCGGAGAAGACCUUAACCAGAUCUAAUACACAAAGGAGAUCACCUACCCAAUCGUCAUCGUCCACCACUUUUACCUCGGAUGAGGACGAAGAGGAACCCGUCACCACCACCAGCUAUGGAUCUUCGGAAACAGAUGGCGAGACAAAUGUGGAUGAUAUGUGGGAGUCGGGUGCGGAAAGUGUGGAGACACAUUCGGUAUUGUAUAAAAAUAUUAGGAAGUCUUUAGAAAGAUAG